AUGAAUAUGAUGAUGAAAGUAGUACGUUUAUACAAAGUGGAAGAAUUCCUCCGAAGGAGUGGGAAAAUUUCAGGCACAUUGCUAAGUAGAAGUUACAGCACAGCGAAGAUUAACAACGUCACGGCUGUUGACAACAAGUAUAUUUACAAUGUAUACAAAUUGGAUAACACAUAUUACAACAACCUGAAGGUAAUAAACAGUUACGAUGAAUACCAUGAUUUGGUUGUAAAAAAUGAGUACUUUAAGGAUUACUCCAAAUUGCAAGACAAAUUUAAUGAUGGAGAAAUGUGGAACAAUAGUAUAGAACAUUUAGAAGACGGAUUUAAACCUUCCAUAGAAGAAAGGAAAGAUGCUGUGAGAAACAAUUUCGAAAAAAUGAACGAAGAAAAUGAAUGCACAAAUGUCAUUACGUCAACAGAUUUACAAGUCCUAUAUUUUGGUAGCUAUGAAAAUAAUAUUAGUGUACUUUUAUUUGAGAAAUUUAAAAGUAUUAUCGAAAAGAAUAAAAAGUUACAAUUUUUUUUUCUGGAUGUUAAUGUGUGUCCACAGUGUUCUUACAAUUGCGAUGUCACCUAUGUGCCUUGCGUUUGUUUAAUAUAUAAAAAUCAUUUGUUUAGAAAAAAAUUAGAAAUAAAUUAUGAAAAUCCUAUCGAUGAGAAAUACUUGGACGAGUACUUAAGUACUGUGCAGAAGAGCAUAGAUUCGUUCCACAAGUACAACAAUAAGUUUAUUUACAAACUCAAGAAGCAGAGCAAUUAUCUGAACACUAAGUAUAUAGAUGUCGAUAACCAGAAUAUCCACAAGGAGAACUGGAAUACGUUUUAG